ACCGGCUCGACUGAAAGCAACUUUCAUCGAUAAUGUUACGAUCAUAAGCGAAUCAAACAAAAAUAUUUUGCUGCCUUGGAAAACUAUAUCGAAUGAUUGUUAUUCGUGAAAUGUGACAUCUCGAUACCUCGGAGAAAGUGUGAUUGUAUGUAUAGAAAAUGUGUCGAUGUCAUGCUAGUCACGUAUCAACCAGGCUGCUUCCGUGAUAUAUAACUCCUCACAGAGUAUCUUUUAGUGUCAGAAUAGCUUGCUGAUUUUCGUUGGUGAUAAUACUAUCGUUUAUUCUACUGUGAAAUCUAAAGUUUUUAUACAAUUACAUAAAAUGUUGAAACACAUAAUUCUUUUUUAUGUUACACUUCUUUCGGUGUAUGCCGAACCACCCAUUCAAGGUGUAAAACCAACAAAUGUACUUGGCACUUCUGAUCAGCAUGCAUCUUUCAGCUUUGUUAGACCAGGUUUAACGCAAACAGCCUUCGCUUUUAGUGGCCCUAGUUCUCAUCAAUCAUUCAGUUCCAGUAUUGGAAAUCCUCAUUUAGCACAAAGAGUUCUCCCAAACGUUGCUAAUGCACUUGCUUAUAGAAAUCCUGGCUUAGGAGUAUUUCCUGUGGGUCCUGUCACACAUGGUUAUGCAACUGCACCAGUUGCGUCCACUUUUGUUUCUCCUGCACCUGCACCGCUAUCUUAUCAAGCUUCAGUUGAUCCAACUACUGCACUGGCUUAUCAACAGUUACAGCAAUAUCAACAACCUCAGUUAUAUAGUUAUCCUGCAGCUAGUACACAUCAAACACAAUUAGCGCAAUUACUUGCAUUACGACAAGCUCAAGCUCAAUCUCAAGAACACGUGCAAGCACAAACACAAGCACAACAAGUGCCUGAACAGAUUCAAUUACAGCAAGAGCAACAACAACAACAAAUUCAAAACUUACUAGGAAUUGCUUAUUCUGCAGCACCUUCGGUAGCCCGGGUAAAAGUUUCCGGAAAUGGUUAUAAAUUUAAUUUCUAAAACGUAUGAAAUCUCAUUCAGAUUAAUCAAGUUAUAUAAAUUUAAGUGAGUUGAAAAAUUCCUUCAAGUUUCUAUAAUUGUCCAUGUUAGCCACUUGAUUUCAAGUUGCUUAAAUUGAAGUUCACUUAUCUCAAAUUCAAAUUCACUUAUCUCAAUUAAUUUGAAUGAGAUUCAAUGCAUUAUACGAUAUGUCCCAUACUUUAUACCUCAUGUAUUUUAUUUAUUUAUUUAUAUCAAUAUGUACAAUGGAAACAUUUUUGUACGUUAUAAUA